GGGCGUGGUGGGGGCAUCACACACACACCCACUCCCACGUACCCACCGCCCACCCGCAUCCGCAUCCGCAUCCCCAGGCGCAUCCCUCGCUACCCGCCAUGCAGCAACACCACCUGCAACAGCAGCAGCAGCAGCAACAGCAGCAGCAGCAGCAGCAGGAGCAACAGCAUCUGCAGGAGCAGCAGCAUCUGCAGCAACUGCACCACCAUGCGCACCAUCACCUGCCUCAGCCUCUGCACACCACCAGCCAUCACCACAGCGCGCAUCCCCACCUGCAGCAGCAGCAGCAACAACAGCAACAGCAGCAGCAGCAGCAGCAACAUGCAGUCGUCGCCUCCUCGCCAUCCUCGGUACUCCAGCAACAGCAACAGCAAUCGACUCCCACCACACAUUCCACGCCCACGCAUGCGGUCAUGUACGAGGAUCCUCCGCCUGUGCCAAUUGUCGCCGUGCAGCAGCAACAUCUCCCCGCUCCGCAGCAGCAACAACAGCAGCAGCAGCAACACCAACAGCAGCAGCAGCAGCAACAGCUGGCGACAACACCGGUGGCCGGCGCCCUUAGUCCCGCCCAAACACCCACUGGACCCUCCGCCCAACAACAACAACAGCAGCAACAUCUCACUUCGCCCCACCACCAGCAACUGCCGCAGCAACAACAGACCCCAAAUAGUGUUGUCAGUGGCGCCUCCGCGAAUCUCCAGCAGCAGCAACAGCAGCAGCAGAAUGCUGCAGUCGCGCCUGGCCAGACACAAAUCGUUGCGCCGACAGCGGCGAGUGUUUCUCCCUCCAGUGUUAGUUCUCAGAAGGAAGACGUUAAUAUGUCCAUCCAAUUAGCGCCACUGCACAUACCCGCCAUCCGGCCGGGUCCGGGAUUCGAUACGGACGCCUCGGCGGCGGUCAAGCGGCACACGGCCCCCUGGCCCUACAACGAUGAGUUCAACCAGUACCACGCCUCUGCGUCACAGUACUACGAUCGCAAGCACAUGUUCUCCUACUACCCAGACACCCAGUUUCAGCAGUACUGGCCGCCCAACUACCGCACCGACCAGACGACCUCCGCGGCGGCGGUGGCCUACAUGAACGAUGCGGAGCGCCACGUGAGCGCCGCCGCCCGCCAGUCCGUCGAGGGCACCUCGACGUCCAGCUACGAGCCGCCCACCUACUCCUCGCCGGGCGGACUGCGCGGCUAUCCCAGCGAGAACUACUCCAGCUCAGGAGCUUCCGGUGGAUUGUCGGUGGGUGCAGUGGGUCCUUGCACGCCCAACCCAGGACUGCACGAGUGGACCGGCCAGGUGUCCGUCCGGAAAAAGCGGAAGCCGUACUCCAAGUUCCAGACCCUGGAGCUGGAGAAGGAGUUCCUCUUCAAUGCGUAUGUGUCCAAGCAGAAGCGCUGGGAGUUGGCCAGGAAUUUGCAGUUGACCGAGCGACAGGUCAAAAUAUGGUUCCAGAAUCGGCGCAUGAAGAACAAGAAGAACUCGCAGCGCCAGGCCAAUCAGCAGAACAACAACAACAACUCGAGCAGCAACCACAACCACUCGCAGGCGACCCAGCAGCACCACAGCAGCCACCACCUGAGCCUCGGCCUGAACAUGGGUCAUCAUGCCACCAAGAUGCACCAGUGACCCUUGGACAACAGCAGCGCGGGCGCCAUGGGCUUUGCCACCUACUAGCAGUUAGCCAACCCGAGUUCGGGGAACCCCAACUCGAAUCCCACCCCAAUGUCCGAUCCGAACCACCAUCAUCUGAUCAAGAACGAGCUGGCCAUGGACUUUCCGUGUUAGCCCCAGCGACUGGAUACAGAGACUCCAGCCAGGCCGAGGCCAGUCGGUUAAAUGUACAAAGACCAGAGAUCUCUAGGAUGCAGGAUGGGAGUAUGCAGCCAGGAGGAGGAGGAGGAGCAGGACGAGGACGAGGAGGAUGAUGAGUUUCUGCCCAGGAGUGCGCAGGCGUCGCUGGUGUGUGACCGACCGACGUUGAUGGAAAUGCAGUUAAUUAUUAAGUCAGUUCUACGGAUCGCAGAGAUCCACACGCAACACGAUAAUGCAGCUUAGUUCGGUAGUUGAAUAUAGAUACGAGUAAGAUGAAGCAGCAGCAGUAGCAGAUGCACUUGAAAUUCGCAACUGUACGAAAAAAUAUAUGUAUGUACGAUUUCUCUCAACGCUCUCAUUAACCUAGGCGAGCACUAUGAAUUUUCCGAACUAUAAAUUAUGAAUAUGAAUAUACUUAAACGUCAGUGAAUAUAACCCCGCAUAAAUUAUGAAUACACGCGUUCGAGUAGUAGAUUUUACCAUAACUAUCCAUGUAAGAGUGGCCAGAAGGCGGCCGAGUUAGGCAGAGAGAGAGCACUUUGUAGACCCAGCUAAAUGUUCUUUAAACAAAACAAAUUGUUUAACAAUUUUCGGACCCCUCACAGCCCCCGCAAACACCUACACACACUCACACACACACACACACUCACACUCCGCAGUCUAGGAUAAAUUUUGUCGUGUAAUGUUCGUCGUGUCGUGUCCUUUGAUACCUUCUAAGUUCCUGUAUAUAAACUAAGACAUCGCGCUGAUUUACGGCCGAAGCAAGCACUCGAUAACUAAAUUAAAACAUAUAUAUAUAUAUAUUGCGUACCCGCAGAGAUAUUCAAUAUGUGUACGAUAGGAACUCGAACUCGAUUUUAGCAAAUGGUUACUCGUAAGUCGCAAAUUUUCGAUGAGUGUGUGCAUGUUUACUCCACAGUUGAAGUCGCUUUCGAAUUAAAUUAACUCUUAAACCAAGAAAAUACAAAACAAAACAACUCGUAAAGCUAAAGCAAGAAAAACUAAAGAGAAGUACACCUUACUGAAGUAAGCGAGUGUGAAAACGACGGAGGGGAGAUGUCGAGGCGGAGUAAUUAGCAUACCGUAACAGCUACUUAUAUAACUUACACAUAGUACAUAUAGUAAUCGUACAUAUGCAUACAUAUAUUUUCAUGUGUAUCGACGCCGCUUGAUCCUGAUAUUAAGUCUAAGUUUAGUUGUGUUGUGUAAUUAUCGAUUUUGUUAAUGUUUUGCCCCGAGCAUUAUAUUAUUAUGCUAAACCUAUACCUACACCUAAACCUAUACCUAUGCCUAUCAUUAUAUGUGUAUAAUUAGCCUAUACAUACUUGAUGAAGAAAUGAUUUCACCCACUGCUUUAUUCAUGUUCUUGUAUUAUUAUUAUUUCGAGCCCUCGAUAAGUUGUAGUCUAAAGUCGGUUAUGUUUAUGAUUAUGUUCGAUUAUAGUUUGUUUAGUGAAUUUUAAUCUAGCGUUAGCAAUUCUCUUUUUUAAAAAGUUAAUUAUUGUGAAUAAAAUACAGCAAGUUGCAGCAGUGCAAAAAUAUACACACAAUUCAAAAGUA